AUGGCCCCCAUUCGCCGCUAUCUACGCAUCAGCAAACAUUCCGUUCUCGAGUGUCGCAUCUACCUGGAUAGUCCUUCCGAUAAUCGAUGGCUCCUCAACCCUCGCGAUCCCGUACUCCAGCGCGUCUUUGAGGCGAUCCGCCCGCUGAUUCUACCUAAACUUCGCGAGGAGAAUGAGCGACUCUGGGCGCGCAAGAAAGGCAAACCCGUCAAGGAUGUCAUCAUUGAGGAUGAAUUCGAAGUGGCCAUCUUCCUGCGCGAAUCCCGCACCCGCCAUUCACUCUUGACGCGACAGAAGACAUUCCAACAGCUGGGAAAGAAAGGAGACGUGGCAUCGGGGACCACGGGGACCAAGCCUGGGAAGGGACUAUCGGAGUCUGCGACCGACUCUUCCAAGCCUACAGAUAUCGAGGUCAUCCCCGAUAGUGACGACGAGCCCGAGUUCGACCUGCACCAUAUUCCCCAGGCAGCCGAGGACGAGGCAGCGGAAAGCGGCCUCUCAUCACGCAGCAAGAGGAAACGAGUACAGGUGGAGUCGCCAGUACCCGAAGAGGACGACGAGAAAAAGCUCGGGUUCAGCACCCAUUAUGAGAGCUUCAAUAUCUGUGGUUGGGUGCUGUGUCUGCUCAUCACCCGUAAAGGUGACCGGGCCCGGCCAAGUGUGACAGAGCCUAAGCAACCCCUCAUGGAGGAAUGGAUCUCGACCCAGGCUCAGACAGCUGCGGACGAGGAUUGA